AUGGAUGACAGUGGUGAAUUGUAUGUACCUUGCGAAGAUGAAACAUUAGAUAGCUCAGAGUCUAGUGCAACAGACAGUGAAGACUCCAUAAUACUCAACAAUGUCAACACAAUAAGUGGUCCUCGGCGUAGACAGCAGCCAGACAGAUUUGGAUUUGCAAGUGGUUGCAUAGAAGAUGACCAAAUGUUCACAGGCGAGAUAUCGUUGCAAGAAGCCUUGGAAGGACCUGAGAAAGCACAGUGGCUAGCGGCAGUGCAGGAUGAGCUACAGUCGUUCGAGAAAAAUAGUGCGUGGGAACUCGUUGAUGUUCCAAAAGAUGUCCAUAUUGUAUUGGCACAACGAACGGUCAGUAAGGUCGUUAAGGACGUGUCGCAUGCCAUUGUGCACAGACUCCUCAAUGUUUACAUUAAAUUCCCUAGCACAGCUCAGGAAAGGAGGGCUGUCGCUAGCGGGUUUCAGGCUGCACAUGGCUUGCCAGAUUGUUUGGGGUGUAUUGACUGCACACACAUAGCUAUUGUCACACCCCAUAACAAUGAUGCUAAUGACCCACCUAUAGGGUACAAAAACCGAAAAGGGAAUUAUUCUAUUAACACUCAAUUUGUUUUUAUUGUUUUAGGAAUUGAGAUGGAUAUUAAAAACAAUACGGCUCUAAUUGAAGCCCUGUUAUUAGAAGAGCUUCCGGACUGCGACGAAGCGUCUGAUGCAGGUGUGUCCGAUGAUGAAGUGGAAAAUGUUCAACUACCCUCGCCAAGAGGUUUCGAUGAAAUUUUUGAAAGAGCUAUAGAAGAUGUUUUGGCCGAAGUUCCGCCGUCGUCGCCGUCAAAUGAAGAUGUAUUGGAGUACCCAAUAAAUCAGGUACCCACAUCUUCAUUACCUGCACCUAGUGUUCAGCCUGAUCUACCAUCUGCAAAUAACUCUUCACACCGAACUAACCAGCGAUUACCCGAACCAAACCGUAAAUGGAAAAAGAGGGACCUAAGUACAUCUUUACCGGAAUACAUUGCGGAUACUGGAGUAGUAGAUGACUGGUUUGCUCACUGUACCACACCGACUGAUAUAUUUUUAGUAUUGAUUGAUGACAUUGUUGACAAUAUUGUAUACCAAAGUAACCUUUAUGCUACUCAGAAAAGCAAAGUAUUGAACCUAAAAAAAGAGGAACUCCUAACAUUUAUAGGUAUUAAUUUUUUUAUGGGUUACAAUACUCGUCCGGCGUGGAGAGACCACUACUCUUCGGCACCUGAUCUCAACAACGCGCUUAUUUGCAAGACUUUGCCUAGAGACAGGUUCGCUAUUAUUUUAUCUCAUCUGCAUUGCAAUGAUAGCUCCAAAAUGCCUUCAGGCUGCAAAGAUAAAUUAUAUAAAAUUAGACCAAUGAUUGAUGCACUCAAUAAAAAAUUUGAAAUGGUUUAUCAUGGUACUCGCGAACUGAGUGUAGAUGAGUCCAUGAUUAAAUUCAAAGGUAGGUCUGUCCUAAAACAGUAUCUACCUAUGAAGCCCAUAAAAAGGGGGUACAAACUGUGGUGUCUUGCUGACCAGAGGGGGUAUAUAAAGAAGUUUCAAAUUUACCAAGGGAAAGACGAAGAACUGAACACAAAAUUUACCGGCUAUGGAUUAGGAGAGAAAGUAGUUUUGGAGUUAACGGAACAAGAUUGGAGUAAGGGGAAGGUAGUUUACUUUGAUAAUUUUUUCACGUCUGUGGCUUUACUUGAGAAACUGAAAACUGAAAACACCUACGCAUGUGGAACUAUCCGAAGUAACAGAAAAGGACUGCCCGGAAAUAUGCUCGCUGAUUCUCAAUUGAAAAGGGGCGAUAGUGAUCAUCGAUUUUCAAAUUUAGACAUUGGAUAUUGGAAAUGGAAGGAUAAUAAAAUGGUUCAUUUAGUGUCUAAUUUUCACGGGAACGAAGAGGCAACUGUGUCACAUACAGCUGAUCGUUUGAGAGCCCUUUACUGUAUAGAUCGCAAAUCUCCGAAAUGGUGGCACAGAUUGUUUUGGGGUCUUCUGGACAUCGUAUUUGUCAAUGCAUAUGUCAUUCAUGGACUUAUAAUGGAACAGACUACCGUAAAAGAUUUUAGACGUUCUGUUACUCAAGGCUUGAUGACAAUGAAAGAUGCUAGUCAGAAAAGAAAGACUUCUACUGACAAUACUGCAAAAGGCGGCCCUUCCAAAAGACGCAAAUCUGACUACUCCACUAUAAAAGACGUACGCUUAGGUAACAGAGGCAUCCAUUGGCCUACGUUUGUAGAGAACAGGGGAAGGUGUGAGGCAUCAAUUGCCAACAAAGAUACAGAAAGUAGUUUCGAUGCAGAUAAUGCAUCAACUUCGUCAGAGGUUGCUGAAGUAGAAAUAAGUUCUGGCUUUAAGAGUUCUAAAUCUACUUCAAGAAAAAAACAAAAAUUAAAUCCUGCUGAUGAAAGAUUUGCAAACAUAUUAGAGCAGAGUUUAGCACAGAAAAAUGUGUCUCAUCCAAAAGAUGACGAUGAAGACAAGCUGUUUUGUUUGUCACUCGUUAAAGAGAUUUAA